GAUGUGUCACGCCCGUUAACGAGCCAAUCAGCUUUGGCGCUUGAUGCUUUAUUAGCGUCACCUGUCUUCUCAUCUUCUUUAUAAUCGUAAAUUUCGGGGAUUGUAUUUCUCGUUCUCCAUCUGUCCAGGAUCAAUUUGAAGUGGAACGUCUUCGGUAAACUCUCAAAUUUGUAAAAAUGCACAAACAGGAAAAACCACUGUCGACACUAUGGGGUUGCGAACUCAGUGAGUCAAAGAUGGAGGAAACAUUCAAAACGGAUGACACAAACUACCAACAUCAACUCGCCCUGAGAACUAUGUGUCUGGGCGCAGGCGCCAAGGAAGAGUUCAACAUUGUGGAGUUGAUUACUGGAGAACUGGCUAAUGUUAAAGGUGUACCCAUGGCCACCCUGCAUGCCAAUGGCAUGCCCAUGGUCAAUCUCUCUGGGAUUGAACUCCACCCUCCUGUCACCUUCAGGCUGAAGAGUGGAGCCGGACCUGUUUACAUCUGUGGGGAACACGUCGCACUGGAGGAUGACUUCUCGGGCAUGGAGAGUGAUGAGGAGAUGGAUGAGGAGGAGGAAGAUAUUGAGGAGUCUCCUGUGAAGCCUGCUAAGAAAGCACCUGCCAAGAAUGGAAAUGCUGCAGGCAAGAAAAAGAAGGCAGAGGCAGCAGAUGAACCUGCGUCAGAUGAUGAGAACCCUCCCAAAAAGGGAAAGGGGAGAGGAAGAGGCAGGGGAAAGUAAUCCCAGGUGCUGCUGCUCCAAAUGUCCUGUUACAGUUUAGAUUGACCAAAGGUUCUGUCAAUCAAUUUAGUUGUUUCUUUCUACCUGUGCAUUACAUGGAUCAAACUAUUUAAACUAAGGCUGUUUAUCCUGUACACGUUGGUGCUUUGUAAAUAAAUUGUUUGGAAGAAA